CUUCCAUGUUCAACAGACACAAAAUUUCCUCUGAAGGAAUCUCUGCAAGGUCUUUAAUAAUCAUCCCUACAGCAAGAAUAGCUUCAAUCUAUUAGUCUUUUUAACACUAACAUGUUUUGUACCUUGUACUUUACAAGAAGCAAACUUAGAUCGUGGGGGCCUUCAAGAUUCCAUUGGCAGAGCACAGGCUCUAUGUUCUGCAAUGAGGGAUGAAUGGAAAAAGUUGGAUGACUGGCAGAAACAAAGAAAAAGUCAAGAGCUACAGUACCAGGCAUUACAGUCCAGCCCCAGCAGUAACACCAACACUGCCAGUAGCUCCCAGGGAACCAGCUCUAACAAUAUUGUCAACAAUCAAGAUAAAACCUCUGCAAUACAGUCCAGCCCCAGCAGUAACACUAACACUGCUAACAGCUCUCAAGGAACCUGCUCCAACAAUACAAUAACUGUAAACAGUCAGGAUAAAACCUCUGUAAGUUAUCAUCUGCUUUCUCUCUGAUCUUAAGUUUUGAUACAUGUAAGGUUUGGAAGCAUUAAGAAUGAAAUGUACUCCCAUAA